GAGAUCCUCAGCUGCCUGGUGUCCGUUUCCAUGCUUCUUAUCAUUAUAGCCAUCCUAUAUCCACGGCGCGGUCUUCCUCUGCCACACUGGCCUUACGGUAUCUCCAUCAAUGCAAUCAUCGCUGUGCUUGUGGUCGUGUUGAAGAUAGCAAUACUUCUGGUCACUGCCAAAGGUCUCGGCCACUUGAAGUUCACUUGGCUCCAGCAUCAGCGUCCGUUGUUGGAUCUCGAGACAUAUGACAUGGCAAGUCGAGGUCCAUGGGGAUCUUUGUCACUACUCCUGGUGACACGCCAUCGCCAUGUUGGUGCGUCGAUUGGUGCCGCUCUCACGCUGCUAGCACUGGCAGUUGAGCCAUUCACUCAGCAAAUCCUGCGUUACCACAGCUGU